CAACGUCACUGGCGUCACAAGGUGUAGGAGUGGUCAUUGGGGGUCUAGACACAAAAUGACUUUUCCAACCGAGGGGAAGAGACCCAGCUCUCUGGAUAACCAGAAAGAUGCGGAAUCAAGAGAAGGAGAAGCCCAAAUUAAAUUCUCUCCCGAAGAAGAAGCGACCCUCGUAGCCGAGUCCAACGCCAACAAAACCGAAGCCAACUCCCUCUUCGCCUCCGCCAAGUACGAACAGGCGAUAUCCAAAUACGACGAUGCCGUCGCCGUCUGCCCCAACUACCUCGACUACGAACUGGCCGUCCUCCGCUCCAACAUCGCCGCCUGUCACCUGAAGCUCGCCCAGUGGAAAGACGCCAUCUCGGCCGCCACCUCGGCCCUCGACGGCCUGGACCGUCUGGAGAAGGAAGAGGCCCUCCAAGCCGACGAGGCCGCGAAAGCCAAAGCCAAAGCCAAAGCGAAGGAAGAAGAGGAAGAGGUCGAAGAGGAGAUCAUCUCCGCCGGAGCCGGGAAAGCGGCCACCGCCCCUCCCGAGACGGAGGGAGAUCCGGAAGAGGCGGCGAGACAAAAACGCCGGGAGGACGUACUCCGGAUCCGGGCCAAGGCUCUCCUGCGCAGGGCGAGGGCACGGAGCGAGGAAGGGGGGUGGGCGAACCUGGCUGGUGCCGAGGAGGACUACAAGCUGCUCGAGCAGAUGCCGAAUCUGACGCCUGCUGAUGCGAAGCUCGUGAAGACGCAGCUGAGGACGCUGCCGCCCCGUACGAAGGCAGCCCAGGAGGCAGAGACGGCUGAGAUGUGGGGCAAGCUCAAGGAGCUGGGGAAUGGGAUCCUGAAGCCUUUUGGACUGAGCACCAAUAACUUUCAGAUGGUAAAGGACGAGAAGACGGGAGGUUAUAGUAUGAACUUUCAGGGGGGGGGGGGGGAGUAAGUGAUUAUACUUGCAACGAUAAUCCGCUAUAUCACGAGAAAUAAGGCUAGGGGGAUGGGACAGAUGGAUUCCUGGGUAGCAAAUAGAUACCAUG